AUAUAAAUAGUGAUUUAUAGGAGAAUUAGCGGAUGUAUUGAUUAGCCGCUAGCUAGCGAGUUGUUUGAUAGAUGCACGGUAUCAUUAGCAUUGCGCUAAAACUGAUAUUUUAAUAUAUAAAUUAGAAUAUACUGGACCCAUAAAAAUUCCCCCAAUAGUGAUUAUUUUAAUUACUAUUAAGACUGAAGGUGAUCAACUGAUGAUAAACCUUCAACUUCCCUUCUCCAUCCUGAAACCCAUUCAAGUUAAUUAUAUAAACUGUUUCUAUCAUUUCCAGUCCUGGUGUUUAUUUGCAUUUUUUCGCUUGUGUAGUUAAGAGUAGCCCUAUUCGACGGGAUUAGUUUAUCAGCAGGAUGACUGGAGUAAUGUCAAAAUCACAUCUCCGUCAGAUCCCCAGAUUCUCGUCAAAUCUAGUCUAAUCUUUUCUGUAUUUGGAUUAAACAGAGUCCCGCACUCUUUCGAUCCGUAACAUUCUCCCCUAAACAGCCUCCGAGAGCCGAAUUCCACCCCAGAACGUUUGAUUCAACCCUUUAUUUCUUCCUCCCUGUGCUCAGGUUGUUGGUGCAAAGUGAACCCAGAACUCAAGAUGACUCAGAUGGACGUCCUGGUCACCAACGUGGCCGAGCUUUUGGCUACGGCCGUGCACGAGGUCCUGCGGCUUAUGGGCCAGGCCGUUUCCGAAUACCGCGACGAGUCGUCCAGAAUUCGUCAGGAGAACCAGAAGCUGCAGCGCACGCUCGAGGAGCUCCAGAUGAGGCUGCGGAUAACAGACGCAGCGCAGCAGGUCUCGUCCUCCGUCGCCGCAGAAGAGCCGCUGUACGAGUCUCACCAUGGGCAAGUCUCGGACCGAGAGCAAGCCGUGAUGGAAGAGAACGUCGAAAGGGAUUCGUAUGAGCUGUCCUUUGAGGAGGAGGAGGAGGAGGAGAAACCAAGUGCUCUACACCUGAGAGCUGAGACACGACAAGCGAACGAGGAGGUUCCAUCACCCUGCGACUUUUCUCAUAAAAGAACGAGGAGCUUAUCGAGCUCAAGGAGCCGAUCUGCUUCACCGGACGUCAGGGGCGUGCCGGGAAUCCCAAACCACAUUAAGACAGAAUCGAAGUCCGAGUUUCCAGAAUGUUCCCUAUUGGAGCAGAGGGAAAACACCAUCCUCCAUCUGCCGUGUUAUCCAGCCCACGCUAACCCCGCCCACGUCUCCUGGGACCCGUCCGGGCCGCCAGACGAGUGUGUCAGAGCCGAGAAUGCUACAGACGGCGUCGGUCCGUUCGGCGUCACCACGAGGAGGGAGAGCUCACACACGUGUCACGUGUGCGGCAAGUCGUUCGCGACGGCCUCCAGCCUGGGAGCGCACUUCGUCUGCCACUCGGGCGAAAGACCGUUCGCGUGCGAGCGCUGCCAGUUCCGAUUCAGCCGAUUAGCCGACCUGAAGAAGCACGAGCGCAUCCACACGGGGGAGAAGCCGUACAACUGCAUGCUCUGCGGCAGGAGGUUUAACCGUACAGAGAAUCUCAGACGCCACCUGAAGAAAGUCCACCGCGGAGCUCUGCUGUACUGAAAAAAGGACUACUGAAGGACAUCCAAAACGACAUCCUCACAUAAACCCUUUCCAGCCGAACCUUUGUUUCCGUGGCCAUAUUGUAUUUUUCUUUCUAUUUCGUCUCCCAGUUUGUUCUUCACCAGAUCCGACUCACUAACCAGGAAAAAAAUUCCUACUUGAAGCGUCGCAAAAUCUCUGUAGUUUAUGUACAAGAAACAGAAUUGAGUAGUUCAUCUCGAGUCCUCUGGUCCGAGUCGUUCCUUCUUUUGUCACGUGAUUCCCAUAGAUGCUACACAAUGCAAUAAAUCUUUUUUUGGUUUGAAUCUUAACAUUAUUGUUACAAUAAUUAUAGGAGUCACGUGACAAAAGAACUAACGUCACGGACCAGAAGAUUUGAGAGGUGAAGCUCCUCAUUCUGCUUAUUAUCAUUUAUUUUUCUGCAUCGUCAUAUUUUAAUUAUUGGAACUUUAGUGGAGGUUGGUGUAUGUAGACAUGUUUGGGGAAUCUGCU